CGCUCCCUCACGCCUGAACACGGGUGUUUCUCUCCCUCAGGGUGGCAAAUUCCAUUCGAAGAGUGUUCAUCGCAGAAGUGCCCAUCAUAGCCAUCGACUGGGUCCAGAUAGACGCCAACUCCUCCGUGCUCCAUGAUGAAUUCAUUGCACACAGGCUGGGUCUCAUCCCGCUCACCAGUGAUGACAUUGUGGAUAAGAUGCAAUAUUCCAGAGACUGCACGUGCGAUGAGUUCUGUCCGGAGUGCUCUGUGGAGUUCACCCUUGAUGUCCGGUGCAAUGAAGACCAGACUCGUCACGUCACAUCCCGCGAUCUCAUCCCCAACAACCCCCGGGUCAUACCGGUAACAUCUCGGAGCAGAGACAACGACCCCAACGACUAUGUGGAGCAGGACGACAUCCUCAUUGUGAAGCUGCGGAAGGGCCAGGAGCUGAGACUGCGAGCCUAUGCCAAGAAGGGCUUUGGCAAGGAGCACGCCAAGUGGAACCCCACGGCAGGCGUAGCCUUCGAGUACGACCCGGACAACGCGCUGAGGCACACCGUGUACCCCAAACCGGAGGAGUGGCCCAAGAGUGAGUACUCGGAGAUUGACGAGGAGGACGCUCAGGCUCCCUAUGACCCCAACGGGAAGCCAGAGAGGUUUUAUUACAAUGUCGAGUCCUGUGGUUCUCUGCGCCCGGAGACCAUCGUUCUCUCUGCGCUGUCUGGCCUGAAGAAGAAACUGAGCGACCUCCAGACCCAGCUGAGCCAUGAGAUUCAGAGUGACGUCCUCACUAUAAACUGAGGUGGCCCCUUGCAAGAGAGUGCUCAGGCGUGAGUGAUGCAGAAGGUUCCAGCGCUCUGGACCGAGGCUCUUGCCUCCCCAUCUCCCUCUGCCUUUCCUGGCCCAGCUCUGCUGGUCAGUGACACCUCUUCCUUGGCCCCCGUUCCCAGGGAAAGCCAUUGUGAUGGGUAGAGUAAAGCAGGAAGGGAAUCGAUGAGCGUCUUUGCUGGGACAGGCUUUGCCUUUAAGUGAUCCCAGAGUUUUAGGCCAGAGUUUUGGAUUCUGGCCACGUGGCGUUUGGGAUCGGGAAGCAUGUACCUCGGUUACACAACCCUACCUUAUUUGCAUGUCCGUUCCUUACUGUGCUGAAUAAAGCCUUACCCCCCGU